GUAUUUGCUUUGCUUUAGGCGCGCAGUCGCCGCGACUCUCUCACUCCCUCUUACUGUACACUCACGGCGACUCGCGCACUGACACAGUCUCGCAGGCGUACAGUACGCUCUCGUGUCUUCGUUUAGUAUGUGAUGCCGAUUUUCUCGAUUUCGCGAGUGCCUGUGGCGUAUUUCUUCUGUGCUGCGGUGUGAUUUUUUUUUUUUUUUUGAGAAAUUGUUGUACCUUAUUGUAUGUUAAUUGUAAACAGUGCGAUAAUUGAAAAUACAAGUGUCUUUGUACCGAUGUGCAGUGCGUGCUUGCGGAGCUUUUGAUGACCACUGCUUGAGAUCGAUCGGCUGCUGGGAUUGUUCUUUUCGGACGUCAGAGAGAUUUAGCCCAACAUGGGCGGAUAACCGGCUCUCUCGGCCAUCAGCUGCGAAAUAAGUCAGUAGUACACACCUACUCUGCAUCAAGUAUAGAACAGGAAAUGUAGCGGUAUCGUCGGCGGUAGUGAUAUAUUUAAAAUCAUCCCGAUGAGUCAAGCAACAAUCACGAGAACACUAUCUACUUCUUACAUAACAACUCUUGCAAGUGCGACGAUCACCCAAGAUGACGGGUAGCCAGGGCAACGACAUCGGCUGCGAAAUCAGCUGUCGAGCGGAUAUCUAUCAGCAGCCUCAGAAGCAGCUCCAGCAGCAACAUCAUCAACAACAGUCCCAGAUCCAACAACCAUCGCCGCCACUGGUGAACAACGACACCAAAAGCGACGGACUCGCGAUUCAGGGCGACGGCAAGAAACACACCGUCCACUGGUUCCGAAAAGGUCUCAGACUUCACGAUAACCCUUCGCUCAGGGAGGGACUCGCUGGAGCGUCAACCUUCAGAUGCGUCUUCGUGCUCGACCCUUGGUUCGCCGGUAGCGCCAAUGUCAGCAUUAAUAAGUGGAGGUUUCUCCUCCAAUGUCUGGAGGACCUCGACCGGUCGCUGCACCAGCUGAACUCGAGGCUCUUCGUGAUCAGGGGUCAACCGGCUGACGCGCUGCCGAAGCUCUUCCGAGAAUGGGGCACGACGUCGCUCACCUUCGAGGAGGAUCCCGAGCCUUACGGCCGCGUCAGGGACGAGAACAUCACGACCCUCUGCAAGGAGCUCGGCAUUACCGUCGUCCAGAGGGUCUCCCACACCCUCUACAAGCUCGACGAAAUAAUCGAGAAGAACGGCGGCAAGCCCCCGCUGACGUACCAUCAGUUCCAGAACGUGAUAGCCCGAAUGGACCCGCCCGAGUAUCCAGCGGCAGCGGUCACGGCUGCCUGUAUCGGCAGCGCUUACACACCCCUCAAGGACGACCACGAUGACUUCUUCGGUGUUCCUACCCUCGAGGAGCUCGGUUUCGAUACGGAGGGAUUGAUGGCACCGGUCUGGGUGGGCGGCGAGACCGAAGCUCUAGCCCGGCUGGAACGGCAUCUCGAGCGUAAAGCUUGGGUCGCAAGCUUCGGCAGGCCGAAGAUGACGCCCCAGUCGCUGCUACCCAGCCAGACUGGGCUCUCGCCGUAUCUGCGGUUCGGAUGCCUCAGCACGAGACUGUUCUACUACCAGCUCGCCGACUUGUAUAAAAAGGUUGGUUUUUAUAUUUUUAAGGAUAAAUAUAUUUGUAUAUUAAGAUUGCAUUUUAAACAAUUGUAUGGGUUCUGGACGUUUAUACAGAUAAAGAAAACAAUACCGCCACUAUCGCUGCACGGACAGUUGCUCUGGCGCGAGUUUUUCUACUGCGCCGCGACGAAUAAUCCGAAUUUCGAUCGGAUGCACGGCAACCCCAUAUGCGUGCAGAUACCCUGGGACAAGAAUGUUGUGGCUCUCUCCAAGUGGGCUAACGGCCAGACGGGCUUUCCUUGGAUCGAUGCGAUAAUGACGCAGCUGAGGGAGGAGGGCUGGAUCCACCAGUUGGCCAGGCACGCGGUCGCUUGUUUCCUCACCAGGGGCGAUCUCUGGAUCUCGUGGGAGGAGGGCAUGAAGGUAUUCGACGAGCUUCUGCUGGACGCCGACUGGUCGAUAAACGCGGGCAUGUGGAUGUGGCUUUCGUGCAGUUCGUUCUUCCAGCAGUUUUUCCAUUGCUACUGUCCCGUGCGCUUCGGCAGAAAGGCCGAUCCGAACGGAGACUACAUUCGGCGUUACCUGCCAGUACUGAAGAACUUCCCGACGCGCUACAUUCACGAGCCUUGGAACGCGCCGCUGAGCGUGCAGCGAGCCGCCAAGUGCAUAAUCGGCCAGGAGUACGCGUUGCCGAUGGUCAACCACAGCAAAAGCUCUCGCAUCAACGUCGAGCGCAUGAAGCGGGUCUACCAGCAGCUCAGCAAGUAUCGCGCCAACGGUAUGUGAGUAUCUUUGAAAGGAGAGACGAUUGGUGAGUUUUCGCUGAAAUUGGUUAUCGAACCAUUAUUUAUUCUUUUCAUACUGCGAUACAACCUCUAUGAUUACAUGAAAAGCUUUGGUUGAUAAGCUUCAUCUAUCCGUAGCCGUUAUUAUUCCAAAAUAUCGAAAGAAUACAUGCAACGGAAAGCAAAUAUUUCUCGAAGUAUAAAAUUUGAGUUAUUUCUCAGGUUUGCUGAGCAUCGUGCCAACGACGCCGUCGCUACCCUUCGAUCAACAGCAGCAACAGCAGGACGACGACAAGAAGCAGCAGCAAAAUUCUCUGAACGUCGAUAACUCGCCAAACAACGACUGCCCGGCGUCGCAUCUACAUCAGCAACAGCUGCAGCAACACGUUCAUCAACAUCAAUAUCAUUAAUACUUUCAGACACGCACCUCUAAUGUUUACAAGAAACUGAACAUACGCGAUUCGCGAUGGAUGACUGCGUGAGUGAAAAUUGACUGAAAAACAAACUGACGAAUUUUGAGUAAAUGUUCGUUCGAAUACUCAUGGUGUUUUGCGUUUUUAUUUAUUACUAAUAAUUAAAAUUGUACAAUGCAGAAGAUGAUGGUAUAUUCUCACCUUUAUACACGUAAAGAUAUAUUUUUUCUACGCUUGCUCGCAUUCAUGGUAUUAUUAGUUUUAAAUAAAUAUACAUGAACUAACAGUAUUUGGAUAAACGAUUAUUUGAGAUUGGUUUAUUUUUCAAAAUGUAUAUGUUUCGAAGGCGAUAUCGGUGUUUCUAUUUUGAUCUCAUGUGCAGCGCUAAUUUGUAAAGUUUAUUUUAGCAUAAUAUAAUCACUUAGCUUAUUUCAUUCAAGUUUUAUCUCGCGACGAAUACGAAUUUUACAAUUAUUCUGUGAUAAUCUCUUAUCGGAGUAAAUAAAGUACAAAAUGUAAUUUGACAUAAAACUGUAUACUCAAUUGAAGAAUUGUCCUUACUUUGUGGACGAUAAUUUAAAAGAAUAAUCGCGAUCUUAUAUCAAGCGUUAUCAACUCAUUUUAUAUUUUUUAUUUAAUUGAAAACAAGAAAUACCGAUAUCAAUUCUCGAAUAUUCCCGGUGCAGAGCUGUUGAAUGAAUUACAGAAUGACGGCUAUUCUUAUUUUUUUCAUUUUUCAAAUAUAAUAGGUAUUGUUUGAAAAUAACUCUUUUAGUGGAGAAAAUAUAAUUUAUUUUUGUCUACGUACUGCUGCUUUGGCAAUACCUAUUUAUUUGAAAAAGUGCCCGGUCCCGAAAUCUUAUUCGAGAGCAUGUUUUGUAUUAUAUAAAUUUUAUAAAUAUAUAAUCGAAUGAAUAACAACUAGAUUUUUGUAUGUAUACUUGAAACAAAAAACUAUAAGUUUAUGUAGUAUACUUAAUUAGUAUACUAGAUUAUAAUGUUUGAUAUCACUUAUAUAUUACGUUUCAAUUUUUUUACGUGUAUUCCUUCGUUUAUGCAUAAAAUAUCUUUAUGUUUAUGUAUGCAAUUCACUAUAGGCAUAGUAUAAUUUGUGCUUUUUGUACUUACAAAUAAAAUGUUAUAGUUUUAAUAUUUUUUGAAAAUUACUUAUAGUUGCACCGCUGCACUAAACAACCAUGUUUAGUGUAAUAAUAUCAUGUCGCAAAUCAUUUUCAUUAGCACCUAUAAGUAAUUACAAUGAAUAGAGAAAGGUUUAAUCAUGAGUGAACUCACGAAAUUUAAACACUGAAAAUCAGAGUAUAGUAUAGCCUUUUUAGUAUAAUCGCUUUUCUUAUUACGAUACAUUAAUAUUAUACGGAGAUACUGCCGUUUCAUCAAAGGCCCUAAAUUUCCAGGUUGUUCAUGCUUUAGUGCGUCCUUUACUCGAUUUUCACUACAUAAUCAUUGUUCAUUAUAGUGUUAUUAGCGAGUAAUUCUACAGCUUGGAUUUAAUAAUUUCGCAUAUUAUUUUCAACAUAAACAGUAGUUUGUAUUGCUUGUAUUACGUAACCACAUUAUAUUAAACUAACUCAACAAUAUCAUACCAUAUUAUAUUCUUGUACUCAACAUUUUUAAUCUUUAUAUAAAAAUGAAAAAAAACAGAAAAAAAUAAUAUUUCUUCAGUGUAAUUUCUGGUACGAUGUAAAUCCAUAGAUCAUCAGAUAAUCAUGCGUUCUUAAAUUGUACGAAUUGGUCGAAAAAGAAUUACAAAUCAUCGCACACACCGCAAUUAUUUAUUUCCAUCGCAAGCGUAUACGAACGAACCAGUCGUCUGUAAAAAAAUCAAUCAACCUAUAUACGUAGUCACACACAGGCAGCCAGCUCUUCGAAGCCUAAAAGGCGAAACUGGCCAGAGAUCCUUGGUCUUUCACUCGGAAGUCGCUCUCUGUCGAAGAAAGUACAUAUACGUAUAUGAGAGACCAUACAGCACUGCACCGUGAGAAUCCGAGCACACUUGUGCCCAAGUUCAGGAGAAAGGGCGCAUAUAGUGCAGGAUAGACUUGCGAGUAAUAUAUAUGUACUUACUAUACAGUUCCGAGCGACUUGAUUGAAUUCGAGAGUCGACGGCGCAGCCGCCUUUGGGUCAAGGAGGAAAACACUGCUGUACAUCGUGAAUCUUGGUAUAGUCGAAUUCGCGGCUGGAUUUGUAAUCAGCGAUUGUAUGUGUUCUUUUGCAGAAGAAUUAGGACUACUGUGUGCGUAUUAUUAGAUUGAAAUUCAUUCAUUUGUCCUUCGUUAUAUUAUACGAUUAUUAUCAUCAUUUAGAUUUUAUACUUAUUUCGCGAGCGAUAAAACCUAUGGAUUCUCGAAAUCCGUGUACAUAAAAGAUUCUAUGUGUCGACGUUCCAACACCCUGUGUCGUAUACUAAACGAUGUAAUUAUAAAAAAAAAAAAAAAUUCAUCGCAUUCGAUGACGAUGUUUGUCUAUACAUAAAUAUUAUAUUUCUAUGGAAAUGUACAGAUGAAAAAAAGCAAUUGUAUACGCUCUGUGGAGCGAUGAAUGAUUCUCUAUAUUAAAAAGUCAACGAUUUUCAAA